GCGGCGGGAUGGAGCCCGCGACCGCGCCCCAGCCCGACAUGGCGCCGGAGCUGACCCCGGAGGAGGAGCAGCUUAUCUCUUAACUCAGGCAAGAGACCCUGCGGGCAAAGCAUCCUGUGACGGAACGGAAACUAUCCCCUCAAGCAACAAGAACUGCCCUGAGCCUGCAAGACCCCGUGUGAUUGACUCCAAGACAAGGAUCCAGUGAACCUUCACUGCCCACGUGCAUGUACCCACCCACCACUGUCCCACAUUUUCCUUAUAUAAGCCUGGAAGUAUUUUCGGCACUUUGGAGACAGUCUGAGCCGCUAGUCCACCGUCUUCCCGGUGUUGGCCUCACUGAAAUAAACUCCUUUCUUGUUCCACCACCGCUCGUCUCUGUGCCUCUGGAUUUUGUCAGCAGCCAGUGGCCGAACCUGGUCUGUUUGAACCCCCAGAGCCAGGCCACCAAGCAGUUUCUUGAAGAGAUUAACAAGUGGACAGUUCAGUACAAUGUUUCCCCUCUCUCUUGGAAUGUGGCUGUCAAGUUCCUCAUGGCCCGGAAGUUUGAUGUGCUCCGUGCCAUAGAGUUGUUCCACUCCUACAGGGAAACACGAAGGAAGGAGGGCAUUGUGAAGCUGAAACCUCAUGAGGAGCCUCUCCGUUCUGAGAUCCUUAGUGGAAAAUUCACCAUCUUAAAUGUUCGGGACCCAACAGGAGCUUCCAUUGCCCUCUUCACUGCCAGAUUGCAUCAUCCCCACAAGUCAGUCCAACAUGUGGUACUUCAGGCUCUGUUUUACUUGCUAGACAGAGCUGUAGAUAGUUUUGAAACUCAGAGGAAUGGACUGGUAUUCAUCUAUGACAUGUGUGGUUCUAAUUAUACCAACUUUGAGCUGGAUCUUGGCAAGAAAGUCCUAAACCUGCUAAAGGGAGCAUUUCCUGCUCGUUUGAAGAAAGUGCUAAUUGUGGGAGCACCAAUAUGGUUCCGAGUGCCCUAUUCCAUCAUCAGCCUCCUCCUGAAGGACAAAGUCCGGGAGAGGAUUCAGAUAUUAAAGACAUCUGAGGUCACCCAGCACCUGCCCAGGGAGUGCCUUCCAGAAAACCUGGGUGGAUACGUCAAAGUUGACCUUGCCACUUGGAAUUUCCAAUUCCUACCCCAGAUGAACGGCCACCCAGAUCCCUUCGAUGAGAUCAUCCUGUUCUCCCUCCCUCCUGCCUUAGACUGGGACUCGGUACAUGUUCCGGGUCCCCACGCCAUGACCAUCCAAGAGCUGAUGGACUAUGUUAGCACCAGACAAAAGCGGGGGAUAUAUGAGGAGUAUGAAGACAUCCGCCGUGAGAACCCUGUUGGCACUUUCCACUGUUCUAUGUCUCCAGGAAACCUAGAGAAGAACCGCUAUGGGGAUGUGCCCUGCCUGGACCAAACGAGAGUGAAGUUGACAAAACGAAGUGGCUAUACUCAGACAGAUUACAUCAAUGCCAGUUUCAUGGAUGGCUACAAGCAGAAGAAUGCUUACAUUGGUACACAAGGCCCUUUGGAGAAUACCUAUCGUGACUUCUGGCUCAUGGUAUGGGAGCAAAAAGUCCUGGUGAUUGUCAUGACCACCCGCUUUGAGGAGGGCGGCAGGAGAAAGUGUGGCCAGUACUGGCCUUUAGAAAGAGACUCUCGGAUCCGAUUCGGCUUCCUCACGGUGACCAAUCUAGGCGUGGAGAACAUGAACCAUUAUAAGAAAACAACGUUGGAAAUUCACAACACGGAGGAACGGCAGAAACGCCAGGUGACCCACUUUCAGUUCCUGAGCUGGCCAGACUAUGGUGUCCCUUCCUCAGCAGCUUCUCUCAUUGACUUCUUAAGAGUGGUCAGGAACCAGCAGAGGCUGGCCGUCAGCAGCAUGGGUGCACGCUCCAAAGGGCAGUGCCCUGAGCCACCCAUUGUGGUCCACUGCAGUGCGGGCAUUGGCAGGACAGGUACCUUCUGUUCAUUGGACAUCUGCCUGGCACAGCUGGAGGAGCUUGGCACCCUUAAUGUGUUCCAGACAGUGUCCCGCAUGAGGACCCAGAGGGCCUUCAGCAUCCAGACCCCUGAGCAGUACUAUUUUUGCUACAAGGCAAUCCUGGAGUUCGCAGAGAGGGAGGGCAUGGUGCCCUCCAGUCACAACCUCCUGGCCAUGGAGGGUCAGUAACUGUCCCACGAUCCUCCUACCUGCUGGCCAUCCUUCCUUAAACUACCCUGGACACCGCUGAGCCUGUAGGUUGCCACCAGUUACGCUGAAGCAAUGGACCAACCUUUUACUUGUGUCUCCUGGCGCACUCGUGCACGCAAGGCAGUCUUUCCCUUUGGCUAGAUAGAUGUGGUGAAGUUGCCACUAGAAAGGGCCAGCAGCAAUGUGUUCUUAAUUCCUAGCACCUGCUAUCGAACUGUGCCUUAUUAAAACCAAAUUGUGGCUAUCGGUUUUUGCCAGGGGCCCCGAGGUAAGUGGGGAAGGAACCUCCCUCCCCCCUUUCCCAAUGCCAUUCUUCUUCUCGAGGUCUCUUUCCCAUUCCUUCCCUUUGCUAGGAUUUGAUGGGGAGGUUUGGUGUGAGCAUCCACCCUCCUUCCCAGAGAGCUUGACCAAGUUACAUACUUUAGAGAACGUCCCCAGUGCCAAGCACGUUUAUACCUAGGGCGUGUAUUCCAGUCUUUUCUGUCAUUCUCUGUGUGUGUGUGUAUGUGUGCGCACUUACAUGUAUGGGUCCAUAUGUACGUGUGUAUAUAAUAUAUAUUGUAUGUGAUAAUAUGGUCGUAUUCUAUAAAUACAUAUACACAGAGAUACUCCUUUGUAGACGUUCCUGGGGUUCCGUGUUGCAGUUCAGGACUGCUUGCUUCUUGGACCCUACUGUUUAUCCUGGACUAGCUGGGGUUGGGGAUCAUAUCUCUUACUGUCAGACCGCAGAGUGGUGGAAGAGGACACACACAUCCACUCUUCAUGCUCCUGCCACAGGCCUUCAUUCUCACAUAAUGACUUAUCUCUUUCCAGGAGACUGCCUGUUGCAGCCGAGAAUUCUGGUUUGUGGUGACACUGGUUUAACUCAGCAUGAAUUGCUCUUAUCUGAUGAUUUUACUUUGUUUACUUUGCCAAUUUGAGGAAUAGACCUCCACUGUGAUUCCAGACCCCUCUUUCCUCUCACUGUCCCUUGGGGCUUGGGGUCUGGGAGUAGAAAUGAACUCACUGAGCAGUCAGAGCCAAGAGCAAUUGGUACGAAGUCUUAGAGGGAAAGAGAGGGAACCCAGGUGUGGGAGAAAGGAAACUACUAUGAGAAUCCCUCCUUGGGAGUGAGCUUUUUCUUUUCUAGAAAGUUCCUUUCCUUAUGCAACUUGGCCCUGUCCACUCAAAUGCCCAUCUCUUCCUGCCUAGCAGCCUGCCACACUUUGGAGCUCAAGCUGGGUGGGUUCUGUGUCAAUAAAAAGCUUGACCCCUGGCUGGGUGAGGCAGUUCCCUGCAAUCACUGUUUGCCCCCUAUUCACCCAACCUGUCCCUGUCUGCUCCCGGCCUCCCCAGCCUGAUGUGCCAGGGAUGGAAUCAAGAGUCCCCGGCAUUCCACAUUCCCAAGAAAAUCCCAGGAACCCCUAAACCUUCCCCCAUCACAGAUGAGGUUGGCAGCUGAUCAGACCUCAAUAAUUUUAUACUGUAAUAAGCUCUUUGAAUGUAUAUAUUCUUAUUUUUACAAUCUCUUCAUUUUGUAUUUAACGUCAAUGGACUGAGUCAGAUUCAGAAAAUAAUUGUAAAUGUUCAUAUUCAAUAUCUUAUAGCGAUACAGUUUUGUAUUUACAUAUAAAUAUACCGACAUGAUCAAACCCUUUUAGCUUCAUCAAUUUAGUAGCAGUCUGGGGCUGGGAAGGUGAGGAGGGGGUCCAAGAACUGGUCCGGGAGGGAUGGGGAGGCAGGGAGGGACCCGAGGCCUGGGUAUCUGAGACUCAGUUCUCAGAGCCAUCUACCUUGUCCAUAGGCCAUGGCCCUAGCUCUGGGCCGGCAAAGGGAACCACCAGUUGAAUGCUUGCUGGGUGCCAAUCUCUUAUGCUCGGUGCUUUUCCCCCCAUCACCUCAUUCAAACCUAGCAAUAAUCCAGUGAGAUUAUUAUUCUCACUACCUUCUAUUUCUGUAUAGAUGAGGAAGGUAAGGUCCGGAAGAUUACAGUGAUUUGCUCUGGAACUGGAGCUCGGGUUGGUGUGCUUACAAAGACUUUGACGUCUUCACCGAAUUGCCCUUUCAAAGAUCAAGAUAGUGUUUUGUCCUAGGAAACCAGAGGGUUUUUUGUUUUUUUGUUUUUGUUUUGUUUUGUUUUGUUUUAGCUCUCCUUGCAGAGCAUAAGCCAUUCUUAAAUUCCAGGUAGUUGAUCCUGGCCCCAUGAUGCAUGUUGGGUAACAGAGUUGGGGACUGAUGCUCCCAGGUAGAACCUCCUGGUGUCAGGUCCUGAGGUCUCCAGAGUACCAAAGGGAUCAUCCUCCCAAGGAAACACCAUGUAUAGGGGUACACUGGUCUUUGUGGGAAGAUCUUCCAUCUCUCUUAGAAUGGAACCAGGAGCUUUGUCCAUGUAGCACCACUCCCUGUGCCAUGUAGCUACUCCUUGUUGACCAGUGACAGCCUGCCCAGUUGGGACAGUUCUGGCCUGGAGAGUGUGCAAAUAUUGGGAUGUUCUUAAUAAAAGUCAUAGCAGCCAACA